AUGGAACCCUCAGCUGACGACAACCGUUUCUUAAAUUAUCAAGCAUCUGGCAAACUUGUGAAAGUUAUUCUUUCAAAAGGUGCUCAAUCAGCUGGAACUGAACUGAAAACACUGUGGGAGGCUUGCACAAACGACAGUGAAGUUAUCAGUCAGACAGCUUGCAAUGCCAUACUUCGAUUAGUGAAAUUAGGCGGAUUGGGUGUGGAUGAAGUCGAAGAAAAAAUGGUAGUCAUGUACGCUGUUACCAAGAUUAGUAAAUUAUGGACGGACAUGUUGUCUGUGAGAUUAGCUUCAUGUCAUCAAUUCAACUGCAUUCUUAAGGAACUUUUCAUUAUGCACGCGGAUCAAAGCAGGUUCAUCAUCCAACACAUGUCUCUUUUCUUCCGUUUCCUCUUCACCCACCAAUCAAGUAACUCGAGUAACAAGACUGACGACGACGACGACGUUGAUGACGAUGUUGCUGAUGACGUUGGAGCACUUCGGAGGUGCAUCUUUCGAAAUUUGUUGUCAGCCAGUGAUAGGAAUGAAGAAUAUCUCCUUCAACUGAUGAGUUUCUUAAAUAUAUCAAAGAGGAGCACUGAAAAUGAAUUGAUGGACUAUUACGACAUGCUCUUGUCAUCUCUCCAACGUUAUCAUCUUAUAGAGGAAGAAGAUAAGGAUAUAACAAUGAUGAUGAAGAUUUUCGAUAGCUUAUUAUCACUUCACCACUGGUGUUCUACUCACCUGAUGGUUACGACGAAGAAGAAAUUGACGAAGAAGAUGGCCCUGAUGAAGCGAAUGAUGACGAUGGCCACUAAUUUUAUCUGGCAGAUCGGAUUGAAACGACCUUCAUCCAUCACCUCCAUGCUCUUCCUCCCACUCCUCCAAAGAGUUUCGUGCGAUGAUGAGAGAGCAGCUGGCUUGGUCACUUUACUAGAGUAUCACAUCAUGAUGAAAGCCGCAACAGCAAAAACGACAGCAACUACUACUAAAACAAUUUCCACUAUCGCUACUACUACUACCGCGACUGCUACUGCUACAACUACUACUACUACCUUGCUGUUGUCUGAUUAUUUAUUAUCUUUUAUCGCCGGGUUAUUUUUGUUGUCAACAUCUGAAGAUGUCGUCAUGAGUUGUUUGAAGUUGUUUUAUGGCUGUUGCUCUAGAAAUAAGAUGAAAUCCAUCGCGAUAGUGCCUUUGUUGACGUUCAAACUGAAGAACACAUUCGAUCCAAUCCUCUACAAUGACAUCUUCCAUUAUCUGCCCAUAAGCAUAUUGCAUACGCAAGCAGAUGAGUUGAUCACCAUCGUCAAAACAUUCACCUUGGUUGCAAAUCGUAAUGAUGAGAAAUUCUGCCAAGAAGUUAUUUCAUUUCUUUGGAGAGUUGUUGAGUUGUUUGCAAACAACAGCAGCAACGUCACCAAUAGUAGUGGCAAUAUAAACAACAACAACAGCAGUUGCAUAAACAACAACAAAGAUCAAUUCAAAAUAUUGAACCAAUGUUUUCUAUCCUUAUCCAACUUCAACACCAAUCUUUUUACCAUCUUUCAAAUCCCCAAAAUUUUCCUUCACGACGAUUACGUGAGUAAAUUGGCGGAAGUGGGAGAGCGCAACGAUAAGGAAAAGGAACCAAUCAGAAAGAGGAAUUACGACUACGAUGAUGAUGCUGAUGAUAACGACGAUGAUAACGAUGAUACUGAUGGUGGUAAUGAUGCAAACAAAAUACAUGCGUACGCGUACGUGCAAAUGAUGAUGUUGAUUUGCAGUGAAGAAGUUAUGAAUGGUCUCAAGGCCCUGAUUCGAAAGGUGGUCGUUGACAGUUUGGUGAACUUACCCCGCGGUAUUUUCCACAAGUACAAGGAGAAGGUCAAAGUUCAAAUGAGUGGGUGUUGUGGUUCUGCUGCUGGUGCUGGUGGUGGAUUUAAUUACGAAGAUGAGAUAUCCAUCAAGCAGAAGUUGUUACCUAGAGAUUGUCGCAUGCUACCAAGCAACAAUAUCAUCAGAUGUUUGAUUGACUUCAUCAUAAACUUCAAUAAAGAUGAUGAUGAUGAGGAUGAUGAUGGGGGUGUCCAUGCUGAUGAUGGCAUCUCCGAUGGAGGUUCAGCCCAGGUUGAUGAACAGAAAUGUGAAAAACCGUUUCACAGUGGUGAACCAAUGAAGAUGAAGGAGAAGAGGAAGAAGAUGAUGAUGAUGGAGAUGACGUUGCAUGGAUUAUCAGACGAUGGUCAUCAUCAUCUCAUGCCACCUAUCGACUGGAUGGUUCUGUUGGAGAAAUCUCUUCAACAAAGUUUCUGCCCCGCCCUGUUUGGUUGCGCCUUGAAAGUUCUGUUGCAGCAGUGUUCAACGUACCAUGUCUUGUCGCAUCAGUAUUGGCUCGGUGUUCUUAAUCUUCAGCCCACUUUCCACCGAGCCUUCCUACGUCACCUCCACCUCAUGAUGACGUCACUGCCUACGUCAGAGUUGAGAAAGGUCGUGGAAGUCACCUUAACGGAAGUCGGGUCUUGUGGUGACCUUCACAUUGACCACGGGAAAAAGAAAAAGAAGAAGAAAGAAAUAAUCGAUGAUAAUGAUGAUGACGAUGAUAAUGACUAUGGUGAUGAUGGCGACAAAAUAUUUGAUGAUAUCUUAAGAGGCUGCUGCAAGAACUUUAUGAACAACAACAACUACAGUCUUUACAGCUGCAAAAAAACAAGCAACUGCAACAACGGAAACAAUCUUUUCAACAUACAAAACACAAAACACAGCAAAAGGCAGCAACACCAACAACACAAAUUCGAUAAAGAUCAAUUGUCGUUGUUGAAGAUGAACAAGGCGUACGCUUGUGAAGUCUUGAAAAAAAUUUUUCCAGUUUUGCCGCUGCAACUCCUUUCAUCUGUCAGCAAGUGCCUUCAGCAUCUUCCCAGGCCUAUCAUUGAUGACGUCAUCCGCAUAGACAGCAGCAGCAGCAGUAGUAGUAGUAGUAGUAGUAUUAGUGGUGGUAGAAGCAGUAGUAGUUACGGCAGUGAAGUAACGACUACUCUCCUGAGGUGCACAAUGGUUAGAUGUUACUUGAUAAAAAAUGGAUUCUUCCACUUAGCAGACGUCAACAAUGUAAUUGAAGAGGUGUCCAAGCAAGAUGACGUCAUGUUGAAGCAUCUGGCCUGUUUGAUUGACAUGUUCUCCCACACUUCUUAUUCUCUGAGCAGCCAGUCAAAAAUUCACUGGCUCAAUGAAUACGUGGCGUAUUUGAGGCACUUUAUUAAGAAGAUUGAAUCUACUGAUUCUAACAUCAAUGAUCUUGUGGCACUUACUGCUGCUACUCCAACUACAACAACUACUACCACUAACUCAUCCAACGCCGCUACCGCUACUACCUUAUCUGUUACUGAUUCUAAUUCUAAUGAUCAUACAUUCUAUGCAUCUGAUACGAUUCAAACAAUUACUACUACGACCCCUGCUACUACUUCCAAUAUUUCUGCUUCUGUUGCUACAACAGAAGCUACAGCAGCAUCUUCAACAGUUUCUACGAGUACUACAGCCACAAUUACAGCUACCCUUCCUUACCUACUCAACAUCUUGCUGAGUUGCAUCAUCGUCUGGUCAUCAUAUGAUGAUCGACUGCUGGUAGCUGCUGUGGCUCACACUCUGUCAUCAUCUUUCAUCACAGAUGAUGAGGAUGACGAAGACGAUGAUGAGGAUGAUGAUGAGGAUGAUGAUGAGAAGGAAGAGAAUAAAACUGUGAGAAACAUUGAGAAGAAAACAAAAAUGAAUGUUAAUAGAGAAGAUUUGAAAGAUGUUGAUAAUGCUGACCAACACAGCAAACAGCGUAAAGAAAGAAUGAAUGUCCAGUUAAAAAUAGUGAAUGCCAAGCCAGAUAAAGUUACUGUUGGAGGUUCGCUCUACCAUCUCAUUUACUCUACGGUGCCUCAGGGGUUCCUUUGUUUGGCCAACACCAAGGAAUGGAAAAAUGUGACUGAUAAGAUCAUUAGUUUGUUCAAAGACGUUAUCUUAUUGGAUGGGAUUCGUGAUAGACACGCCCAGCUAGUCAAUACCCUUCAAACUUCAUGUGGAAUUAUCAAGGAUGGUUGGCCGUUUUCUGGUUGUAGGAAGGUCCUUUGCAGAAUGUUCUGUAUGAGUGGCUACAAAAUAGUGGAUGGGUGCGAGGUCUGCCAAUGCAAUAUUGAUGAGGAGUUUUUUCUCAAUUGA